GUUCCUUCUUCCAUUACUGCUAAGUCGGCCUUGGCAAGCGAUUUGUUUUCUUGUUUUGGCUUUUCUUUUCUGUGCCUGCAAUGUCUGGACGUGGCAAGCAAGGAGGCAAAGCUCGGGCCAAGGCGAAGUCCCGCUCCUCUCGCGCUGGCCUGCAGUUUCCAGUCGGCCGUGUGCACCGCCUGCUCCGCAAGGGCAACUACGCCGAGCGUGUCGGGGCCGGCGCGCCCGUGUACCUGGCGGCCGUGCUCGAGUACCUGACGGCCGAGAUCCUGGAGCUGGCGGGCAACGCGGCGCGCGACAACAAGAAGACGCGCAUCAUCCCGCGCCACCUGCAGCUGGCCAUCCGCAACGACGAGGAGCUCAACAAGCUGCUGGGCCGCGUCACCAUCGCGCAGGGCGGCGUGCUGCCCAACAUCCAGGCCGUGCUGCUGCCCAAGAAGACCGAGAGCCACCACAAGGCCAAGGGAAAGUGAACUGACAAGCGUCUUAGUUUCCGGAAGCGUUUUCAAACCCAAAGGCUCUUUUCAGAGCCCCCACCAGUUCAAAAAAAGA